AAUAACAUGUACUUGCUGCUUCGGACUCUCUUGCUUCUCUUCUCUUCAUCUCCUCUCUGUCUUUUUUUCUUUUCUUUCUGUCUCGCGACUUUUCUCCUUCCUCAGGAACUUAAGUUUCUGAGUUCAUGAAGAUGCCAGUGGCAUUGGUCUGGCUACUGGCAUUCACCAAUCUAUUGAUCAGAGGAGAAAGCAAUAAUGCCAUAUGCAAGAAGACUUUCAACUUAGACCCGAGACCUCACAGCGUCUCCAUCCUCGAGUUUGGAGCGGUUGGAGACGGCAAGACGCUGAACACACUUGCUUUUCAAAACGCUAUCUUCUAUCUCAAGUCCUUUGCAGAUAAAGGCGGUGCUCAGCUCUAUGUUCCACCAGGGAAAUGGCUCACAGGAAGCUUCAAUCUCACGAGCCAUCUUACACUCUUCUUGGAGAAAGGAGCAACUAUUCUUGCAUCAUCGGAUCCAUCGCAUUGGGACAUUGUAAGUCCUCUACCAUCCUAUGGUCGUGGAGUUGAACUUCCCGGAAAGCGUUACAGAAGUUUGAUCAACGGAGACAAUCUACUAGACGUAGUCAUCACCGGCGAUAACGGGACAUUUGACGGUCAGGGUGCAGCUUGGUGGGAGUGGCUCGAGUCAGGAACCUUGAACUAUAGCCGACCUCAUAUCAUCGAAUUCGUCUCCUCCAAACACAUCCUUAUAUCGAAUCUAACCUUCUUAAACGCACCCUCUGUCAAUAUUCACCCUGUUUAUUGCAGUCAGGUUCAUAUCCGAAAAGUUUUGAUCGAAACAUCCGUUGAUUCUCCUUACGUUCUCGGAGUUGUCCCUGAUUCUUCGGACAAUGUUUGUGUCGAGGACUCAACGAUCAACGUUGGUCACGACGCGAUCUCUCUCAAAAGUGGUUGGGACCAAUACGGCAUAAACUAUGGUCGGCCAACCACCACUGUUCACAUUCGUAACCUCAGCCUAAAAUCUCCCACCGGCGCCGGAAUCUCAUUCGGCAGCGAGAUGUCCGGCGGAAUCUCUGACGUCACCGUCGAGCUACUCAGCAUACGCAGCUCACACGUUGGCGUCGCCUUCAGAACCACCAGAGGCAGGGGAGGGUAUAUCCGUAACAUCACAAUCUCCGGCGUCGAUUUCUCCGGCGUAGAAACGGCUAUCGUCGCCGACGGACACACCGGAUCGCAUCCGGAUGAUAAAUUCGACCGGGACGCAAUUCCUGUCGUGACGCAUAUCGUCAUGCGGAAUUUCACCGGAGAGGGUAUAGGAUUGGCCGGGAAUUUCAGCGGAAUCGGAGAAUCACCGUUCACGUCGAUCUGCCUCGCCGAUGUUCAUUUGAAAACGAGUUCAGAGUCUUGGAUAUGCUCCAACGUCUCUGGUUUCUCAGACGACGUAUCGCCGGAGCCUUGUGAAGAACUCACGAGUUCUCCGUCGUCGUGCUUCGCCGGUGGUAGCAUAUACGGUGGAGAUACGGUGGCUCAGUCCUACUACACAUGGUAAUUAUAGUAAAUUAAUAAAUGGUGAUGAAGAAGAAGAAGAGUGAAGUGGGGGUUUGGUUUACGAUACGAUUGAAUUUUCAAUUUUUUUGUCAAUAAGUCAUAAAAUUUGGUGUCAAAGGAAGGGAAAAAAAGAAAUUACGGUUUUAAAGACUGGUGAGUUUUCAAGAAACAAAGCUUCUGUUGUAUUAUGUACAGCUUCAAUUUCUUUAUUCUUGGUGUAAUAAGAUUCAUGUUCUUUGUUGUU